UCUGCAAUGACAAGUUCACGCUCACUGCACACAUUGCUGUGUAACGGAUGUUAACAAAACAACCGAGCACAAAACAAAAAAUAAGUAGGUCAACCGUGUAAGACCGUUGAUUUUGACGGGGUAACCGCUGGUAACGUAUGAUUAUAUAGGGGUAUUCAGUGUCUCACAAAUUCCACUCGCUGUAAGAACAUGUCUAUUCGUGCGUCCACGACUACUUUCCUGAUCAUCACCAGCGCAUAUCUAGUUGCUGGAUACAAAACUUUAGGAUUUGAUCAUCAUGUCACGCCGAGUUGUAGCGAGGACGACGAAAUUUGUGAAUUUAACUGGACAAUCAACCACACGUCGACAAUGCUAUUGUUUCACGGCAAUGAUACAGAGGUGGGCCGUGUAUUUCCUUUAGUUUAUGCUAACGAAACCAUAUACAAACGGAUUGAUUGUGAAGAGUACGAGGAAGCCACCCUGGAAGCAAUUACCGACACCAUAACAGCAGAUGGUCAGCAUAAAAUUCUCUACACUGUAAAUGGGCAGUUUCCUGGACCGUCUAUAGUGGUCUACCAAGGUCAGGAGGUGGUUGUUAAUGUUAAAAACGACCUAGUAAAUGAAGGCGUCACUAUCCACUGGCAUGGUAUCUAUCAGAGGGGAACGCCGUGGAUGGACGGAGUAGACAUGGUUAGCCAGUGUCCUAUCAGUCCUGGACAAUCAUUUACAUACAGGUUUUUUGCGGAGCCGGUUGGGACACACUGGUAUCAUUCUCACCAUGGUGUACAAAGGACAGACGGUCUUGCUGGAGCUCUAAUCGUUCUCCCCAGAACCAGCAAACAAACGAUUCAAGAAACUAAGUCCGUGGAGGAAGAGUUUUUAGUCCUUGCACAGGACUGGUACAGCUUUCCAUCUGUAGAAGUGUUGUUGAUGUUUACAUGGAACAUUCGGCGAUACUUGUACGGUGUGAAUGAUCCUCGCUGUUUCGUUUCAUCCGAAAUAAGAAAAAGUGACGAUGGGUUUACUGGAUUUAUGCUAUUUGAUAGCGGGGUCAUCAACGGAAGGGGUCACAAAUACCCAAACUUUGGCGAUAGACCAAAGUUGCCAAAACUGCCGUAUGAGACGUUUGUCGUCAAGAGCAACAAGACAUACCGUUUCCGUAUAAUCAAUACUGGCAAUGCCUUCACUCUAUUUUAUUCUGUCGACCAGCAUAAACUGGAGUUGAUCUCGUUAGACGGCCACGACGUUCGAGGUAGGAAAGUUGACUUUAUUGGAACUACGCCAGGAGAGAGAGUAGACUUCCUGCUACGCACAACGGAAACCCCGGGGAAUUACUGGUUCCGGGUCGAAGCAAAUGGUGCUGGACAGGUGAAGGGUAUACUACAGUAUGACACUGUACCAGCAAGCACUCCAAACUCUGUAAGGAGGAAGUGUUCUGGGAACGACGGAUGCACCUCUAUCAACUGUAUGCUGUCCGUAUUUCCUCCCGACUACAACCUCACAUGUAUACCGCUACACAAACUGAGUCUGGACACACGGAAGGAGAAACGACCGGUGCCCAAAUAUACAGACGAUGGCAAGUUCGUCGAAAUAAUGCUCAGCAACCGUUACAAAUCACGAACGACUACUGCUGUCAUUAACGGGAAGAGCUUCGUCAAGCCGACCAGUCCUCUACAGACUUACCCUGACCUUGACAGUGUGAUUGAGUCGUGUAACAAGACGGACCUUAGGUGUGAUGAAGAGAUCUGCUUCUGUACUCAAAUCAUUAAGGUGGACAUUGGAACCAAUGUCCAGUUUGUUUUAGUAGCUCCAGGUCCCGAUGUGAGCGUGCCUAUAUUUGGACUGCAGCAUCCAAUCCACACUCACGGUCAUGACUUUCACGUGUUGAAGGUGGCUUAUUCCCAUUUCAACUUGUCAUCUGGUGAGUCCUUGGGUAUUAACGAGGACAUCGAAUGUGAGUCAGAAGUGUGGUGUGAUUAUCCAAAGUGGAAAAACGACACUUGGGGCGGAGACAACAUUCCAGGCCUUAACCUUGUGGAUCCUCCCAUCAAGGACACAGUACUUCUGCCGAGACAUGGCUACACUGUCAUUAGGAUGAAAGCGGAUAACCCGGGAUUUUGGUUCUUUCACUGUCACAUUGAGAUUCACCAGAUCACGGGAAUGGCGCUCAUACUGCAGGUCGGGGAUGUGGACCAAAUGCCACCCACGCCCAACAACUUCCCUACCUGUGGGAACUUUAACUUUCCACAGGAAGAAUUCGAGGAUAUGACGAAAAAGUCAAAGACCUCCUCGAAAGCUAAGGGAGUGACCAGCGCUUCUCUCAACAGUGACUCACUGGGACUUGCCGAGGCUCAACCAAACGGUUCCGGAUGUGUGAUGAUAGUCAAAGAUGACACAAAAACUGCCUACGUCAUUGUUAUAUGCGCACUAUUGACUACUGUAGUCGCAUUUGGACUGUGCUUGUUGCGGCAAAUCACUGAAAAGAAACGUUUAAUGCAAAAGGACGUUGACGAUUUUGGUGUUAAGUUCCACCGGCUUGGUAGUGACACAGAUAAUCUCGUCGCUUCUGCAGGAGACAAAAGCAUCGGACAAUCGGCGACGUAUAUGACAUUUCGCAAGAUUUAAAUUAACAUUCAACUUGAGAAUCUUAAGCUGAAAACCAUCUUGUUCACUAUGGUCGAAUUACAUUCUGGAGUUUAUGAUUAAAUGUCACUGAUUGAUCAAGAUAUAUACAAUUGCAUUGGUAAUACAUUGCAUGUAAGAUUAAUCUUCUUCAUUAAUAUUUUUAUGUUACCUGUAUCAGUUACCUAUAACAGUUGCGUUUUAAUAGUUUUUGUAAUAAAAUUCAU